CGGGGGGAAAGGGGGGGAGAGAGAUGCGCAACAUAUAAGCGGCAGCCGCAGCGUUGGACCGCAUCAGCAGCUCUCGGAGAGGGUGAAAACGGCGUCGCACCGGAUUCGAGUUGUUACAGAGGGCAGCGUCCUCUUGAAAUCCAGCAAAGAUGUGGAUGGUGUCUCCCCCUUCUGAUGAAGAAUCUCGCGAACUUUCCGGGAUUUGGAAACGCGACAAGGGCAGGGUGCAAAACACACCAGUAGGACACGUCCCUUCUCACACUUUCUCAAGAGUAGACCUUUCCCCCUUGGGGUUAUGAUAAACUAUAAUCUACUUUUUAGUGUUAGCGAGUAGGGCUGUUAGUUUGCUGUUGCUGUUGUUUUUUAAAAAAUGAAUUGUGAGCGGGGCUGGUCUUUAUAUUUAAAAUUGGGUGGGGAAGGAACAAGAAGAGAAGCAUCACUAAGAACAAGAUGCUUUUAAGAAACGUACUGUAUUGGUCACAGUGCUGGGAGACAAAAGCUAACGGGAUGGGCUAUGCCUUUGCAUGUGGGCUGCUGUUCGCUUCCUUCUCUGCUGAUACCUCAUCUUCUGCAAAACUUAAAAUGCUUCUUACUUUGCUUGGUAUAAAGCCAGCUUGGUACCUUUUGGGGGGGCGGGGAUCGCGCUUCCAGAUUUUUGCCUGCAUGGUUUUACAGUUCUGCAAAGCACCUUGCCACUGCGGACUUUUAAAGGCUUCCCUGGGUUGGGUUGGGCAGCAGUAGGUGCACCCAGGAAGCAAGAUUCACUGGCACGAUGUUUGCUAACCAGGUUUAAGGCUGAAGACUCACCUGGCUCAGCAGUUAGGGAGGUGAGGUAUACCCUAAAGCUGUACAAAGUUCUUCGCAGGGUGUACUUAUGGGUUCCCCCACCCCAAAGCAUGGGGAAAAACACACAACUUAAUGCAUGCCCGAUCUCUCAGGGGUGGCAUCGGUAAAAACCUCCCGGUACAGGACUGCCUUCAGAUGUCUUCUAAAAGUCAGAUAGUUGUUUAUUUCCUUGACAUCUGACGGGAGGGUGCCACCACUGAGAAGGCCCUCUGCCUGGUUCCCUGUAACUUGGCUUCUCGCAGGGAGGGAACUGCCAGAAGGCCCUUGGAGCUGGACCUCAGUAUCUGGGCAGAACGGUGGGGGUGGAGACGCUCUUUCAGGUAUAUUGGGCCGAGACCGUUUAGGGUUUUAGAGGUCAGCACCAACACUUUGAAUUAUGCCUGGAAACGUAUUGGGAGGGAAUGUGGGUUUUUCAGGACCAGUGUUAUGUGGUCUCGGUGGCCACUCCCAGCCACCAGUCUCUCUGCCGCAUUCUGGAUUAGUUGCAGUUUCUGGGUCACCUUCAAAGGUAGCCCAACGUAAAGCACAUUGCAGUAGUCCAAGCGGGAGAUAACCAGAGCAGGCACCACUCUGGCGAGACAGUCUGCGGGAAGGUAGGGUCUCAGCCUGCGUACCAGAUGGAGCUGAUAAACAGCUGCCCUGGAUACAGAAUUCACCUGCGCCUCCAUGGACAGCUGUGAGUCCACAAUGAUUCCCAGGCUGUGCUCCUGGUCCUUCAGGGGCACAGUUGCCCCAUUCAAGACCAGGGAGUCCUCCACACCCACCCAUCCUGUCCCCCAAAACCAAGACUUCUGUCUUGUCAGGAUUCAAUCUCAAUCUGUUAGCCGCCAUCCAUCCUCCAACCGCUUCCAGGCACUCACACAAGUAGAUCUGGCCUUCUCCUCCCAAAAGGCAUAAAUUCUGGGGUGGUGAUCUGCCCGGUCACCCCUCCACUCAGCUCCCAUUGGUCACUUCCCAACAUUCCCCUUAACGGGUUGGUGGAGGGCAGAUGGAAUGGAAUUUUAAUGUACCCAAUUUUAAUGCGUGCCCCUAUUCGGUAAUGUAUGCUCAGCACAUAUAGGGGACAUCUCUGCCGGGAUCUCCCCCUUUCUUGCUCACGCCUUCCUCUGCCGCCUUCCAGGUAUAUUCCAACACACCAAGAAGCUGUUCCUGAGCGAUCAGGCCGAACGGGCGCAGGCUCUGGAGUUCCUGCGCCGGAAUGUCGCCAACUCCAUCUCUAUGGCCAACCUGGUGAUGGGCCUCUCGUCUGUCCUUUGCAGUCUGAAUGGGCAAUAUAAUUAUGCAUGCUGGCUGGUCCUGAUCGGAUUUCUGCUUGACCUUGCGGACGGCGCCGUGGCCAGGCAGCUGAACGCUUGUUCUGCGCUGGGUGCCAAGCUGGACGAUUUUGCUGAUUUCACUUCAUUUGGGCUGGCCACCGCCCUUCUCCUGCAAGCCCACGGGAUCCUCGACGGGCUUCUGGUGAUCGUGUACGUCUUGGCUGUGUUCACGCGCCUGUGUUUCUUCUCUAGCGGGAUGCCCUUCAUGUACCGAGGGCUGCCCUGCCCCUACGGAGCAUCUGUGCUGGCAGCCACCUACCUCCUGACGGGGGGCAACCUGCUGGUGAUGCGUAUCAUCGCCAUGGUGAUGAUCUUGUUCAUGGUGGACCAGGGCUUCUACCCUCACGACAAGGUGUUGGAGUCUCAGCCUUGGAAGAAGGCCGUCUUCGCAGGAGGGAUCUUGAUGGUGAUGUUCUCUGCCACCUACUUUGCAUCGCUAUACUACCUGCUUUGGUCCUCGUCGUAUAUCUUCUUCCCAACUGCUCUGUGGAGCCACAGAGUCUAACCUUGCUUGCGUGGCGUUAUGCAUGGACGGACAGCAGCUUUUGCACCUUGCUGUAGGGCACAUGCCCAGUGGGGCCACUCCCUCCAGGACCCUAAAGACCAGCCUACCCAGCGUUAAUAUCCACACAUCGCUUAAAACCUUCCCUGGAAACCUUUCCACUGUCCUGACUAGGAACAGAACAGCUGCGAGGUCUCUGCCGUGGGUGAUCUGGCUAACACUCCCAAGCCUCACUUUUGGUGUAGAUAUGAAUAUACAAGUUCUUUACAUAUGUAUAUAGAAAGAGAAAAAGAUUUACAAUGAGUUCAGCUUUUUUAGAUUUCUAUUUUUUUAGUCCACAAUUUUACUCACUGGUGGUUGUUAAAAGAACUUGGCUUCCAAAUCUCGUCACUGGCUAACUUUUCCAGCUUCCCCCUCUUUGGACUAAUCCAAGGAUAGGUCCCUGCAGCCUCACCACAAAGUCGUCUUUAAAGAGAGCAUCAAAUUACCUGCAUGGAUCCUAGAUUUGCCGUUCUAAGAUUGGGUGUAUCAAAUACUUCUGCCAGGGAGCACUGUCAAUGUUUUUGUUUUAUUGAAAUAUUUGGAAAACUUAUUUCCUGUCCCCACACCCCCAGGGGAUGAUAAUGGAAAGGGAGUUGAUUUGUGUUACUAGAAAUGUACAUUUGAAACAAAUUGUUUUGUUUUGGCAUUUUUGUAAAAAUAAACUGUGAAAAACACUGUU